AUGGCGCCCGGUACGGCCAGGCACAGCGCGAGUGACACCUACUGACUAAGAGACGAUAAAACAACGGGGUCAAAAGUCUCCCACAGAGCUCUGUGUACAACUUGAACAUAAUGGGAUGAAGGGGCUGGAUGGAGAGAGGGAUAAGAGUGGAUAGCUGUGUUAAUAAUGAUACACUACACACAUAACUAGGAUAUUGAAUCUGUUAUCAUCUGUUGCCCAAGCUAACUACAGUGAUGAUAUGCCCACUCUAGACCAUAUAAAACUAUAAUCAUCAUCAUCAUCACCACCAUCACAACCACCACCAGUCUGUCUAUAGUGCAGACACAGUGUAUAGUGUAUGUGUGUGCUUUAGGAGAGGCCUGGAGUAGUCUUGAUGUGAAAUACAAAUAUGAUGGUUGUGCUCAUGUGGAGGUUAGACCACCGUAGUAAACAGAUUUGACUGCAAUGGCUGAUCAAUGGCCUCUGUCUCACUGUAAUUAGACACACAACACUACAGCUUGGCUCCUGCCACUUCAGCACAAUCACACACACGUACAUGCACAUGUACACACACACACAAAUUUCUGCUGCACAUGCACGCAAACAGACAGACACACACACAUACACACCAGAGAGAGUGAAAGAAAACAGGAAUAAAGGAAGAUUGGAGUGAAAAAAGAGAUAGAGAAGAGGAAGGUAGUUAUGGCGACAACAAGGGAAAUAACUGACUGACAAAUCCCCCUCCUAUGCAUCUAAACCUGUCUCCUCAUGUUUUCACUGUUAAUUUCACCUUUAUACAUAGUUAAUACUCGUUUUAGUACAUACGGUAAGCUGUAUAUUUUUCUAUUUGGUUUUAUUUUUCUAUUUGGUGCUUCUAAGUACUACUAGAGGUUUUCUAUUGAAAUUGCUCCCCAAAGAAGUCAGUGCACACUCAACACUCCAGUUUGUGUUGGAGGCAGUUAUAAAUACCAUCUCAGUGCUCAAUGGAUAGGGCUCCAGUGGGCUCUGUUUGAAGUAGCAGACUGCAGACCUGCUGGAGGGGAUUCUGACCUCAGUCCCUGUAGAGAACCCCCCCAAUUCCUACAGCAAUGUGGGUCAAUAUUUCCCUCUCCACCACUCCUCACGCACACACACUGAUCUCUCUUUCUCGCUCCUCUCUCUCUCUCUCUCUCUCCUCUCUCUCUCUCUCUCUCUCUCCCUCUCUCCUCUCUCUCCUCUCUCUCUCUCUCUCUCUCUCCUCUCUCUCUCUCCUCUCUCUCUCUCUCUCUCUCUCUCUCUCUCUCUCACACUCACGCACGCACGCACACACAUCCACACACAUACAUGCACAUUAACACACACACACGCGUGCGCACACACACAGACGUACACACACACACAAACGCUUACUAUUGUGCUACAGUCACUCAGUCUCCCACUGCGACCCAAACUGCAUUAAUAUUGAAUCAAACAGCAGUGUCUCCACCAGGCAGUCAGAGCAGCUCACCGCAGGCUAGCUCCCUGUCUGCACUCUGCAGGAUGGAAGAAUAUUCCCACUGGGCACCAGGGAUGGAUUAGCUUUAAAUCAAGUUUACAGUUUUUCUCGAUUGCUAAGACACAUUUCUUGAAAGCUGCUCUCCUUUUCUCUUAACUGUGAACACAAAACCCAAUUUUCAAGCUACAUUCACAAAACCUCAGACUCUUCUUGCAAAACCAAACUUUCACCUCAAAACAGUUCAAUCUGUGCUCAAAACUGAACUAUGUUGUCAAAUCGUGCCCCGAGUCAAUCAAAAUAAAAAACACUACUGAACAGUCACUAAACACUACGUAGAAAAAUAGAAAACACAAUGCUCAGGACAUGAAGCUGGAGAAAUAAAUGUUUAUUGUUCACUGUAGGCUAAAUGCAUGUUGCAAAACAAAAAAAAACCUGUGCAUUUAGCACUUGUACAAAAAGACAAAACAGAAAUCUUGUGCAUUUACAUGUAGCACUUGUAAAAACAAACAGAAAUCUUAUGCGUUUGCCACUUGUGUACAGUAAGCCCAUGUAAAAAUAAAGUACAAAAAUAUACAAAUAAGUGCAUUACUCAGCCACAGCAUCAUGUCUCCGUACUGGGUCAGGCCACAGGACUUCAUCCACAUCACAGGCCACAUUUUGUCUGGCCAGGCAACGGGGGAAAAAAACCCUGGCAUGCCGUAUCCAGGCUUGGCAUGCCUCCACACCUAUGUCACCACAGGCAAGUCCCAUGGCUUGCAGGAGAUUUACCCUGGUGUAAGGUUGGCGUUCAUAUACCUUCCACCGCCAUGAGGAGAAUAAUUCCUCAAUGGGGUUUAGGAAAGGGGAGUACGGUAGAAGGCAAAGAUUGAUAAAACCUUGGUUCAUAUUGUACCACUCUCUAACCUGGAGGGCUCUGUGAAAACUCACAUUGUCCCAAACAACAACAUAGAUGGGAUGCUCAUCCUGCUGCCCUAACAAAGCAUCUCGCAUGUGAUUGAGGAAAAUGAGGAGCUGGUGAGUGUUGUAGGGCCCCAGGUUGGCAUGAUGGUGGACAACCCCAUGAUUGCUGAUGGCAGCACAUAAUGUGACAUUGCCACCACGCUGCCCAGGAACAUCAACAAUGGCCCGAUGGCCAAUCACAUUACGGCCUCUCCUUCUCCUUUUGGUGAGAUUAAACCCAGCUUCAUCCAUGUAGAUGUAUUGAUGGGGUCUUUCCAUUGCAUCCAGUUGAAAAACCCUCUGUAGAAAUAGAUAUAGUUUUGUAAGUGAUACGGAAAAAGUGAUUUAGGCCACUACAGUAAAUCACUACUUAGAGUAAUCAACAUUGAAUGUGUCUGGAUAUAUGCCAACCUGUACAUACUGGAAUCUUUGCUCUUUGACUCUGUCUGAGUUGCGAUCAAAAGGCACUCUGUAUAGCUGUUUCAUGUGCAGUCUGUUGCGCUUGAGGACAUGAUCAACAGUAGAGAGGCUGACACUGUUGGUACUGUUGAGAUUUAUUCCUGAUUAUUAUUUGACCAUGCUUGUCACUUAUGAACAUUUUUGAACAUCUUGGCAUGGUUCUGUUAUAAUCUCCACCCGGCACAGCCAGAAGAGGGACUGGGCCACCCCUCAUAGCCUGGUUCCUCUCUAGGUUUUCUUCCUAGUUUUCGCCUUUCUUAGGGAGUGGUUUUCCUAGCCACCGUGCUUCUACACCUGAAUUGCUUACUAGCUGUUUUGGGGUUUAGGGCUGGGUUUCUGUACAGCAACUUCGAGAUAUUGAGCUGAUGUAGAAGGGCUAUAUAAAAUAAAAUGGAUUGAUUGAUACCUCUCAAAAUGUAAAUGGUCCUCAAUGAUCUUCUGCUGAAUUUCGCUCAGUUUAAUGGCAUUGUUCUCACGGACCAUAUCCAACCAUAGGGUCUCUUGGUGUGGGGGAGAACAUACCUGUCCUCCCACCCCCAUGUGGCAGUCUUUCAAUUCUACAAAAAGAGAACAUGGAGUUACAAAAAAUAUACAUGGAAUACUAGGCCUACAAACAGUUAGACCAACCCUCCAUUACAAUACUACAGUACAUUGGUACAGUGAUGUACUGAAACAUAUAUUUACUUACAGUAUACUGUGGUACAGUAUAUAGUAUGUCAUACAGUAAUUGCUGUCAACAUUUACAUACUGUACUAUAAUGUCAAAAAAAGGUAAUUACCUGUUCUCUUCUCUAAAUCUUCGGAUUAUGGUGGACACAGUGAAUCUACUGAUGUUUGGUUGUACCCUUUGUCCAGCCUCCCUCAUGCUCAUACCAUGGACAAGAACAUGGUCAAUCACAGUAGCUCUGAUUUCAUCAGAUAUUACUGUUCUUUGUCUUCGCUGACCCCCUCGACCACCUCGACCUCCUCUCACACGAACUCUUCCUCUCAGAUUUCUAUCCAUUGUAGGGCCUCACAAACCAGUGCUCUCUGAACUGGCUUACUGUAAAUGUUCCCUCACAUCAUUAGCCACAAGUGUGAUCAAUUUUGAGUUGUUGUGUUGUGGUGACACCUGUGCUCUAAUUGUGUUUGACUUUUGUCACCUGUGCUCACCAUUAUGCAGCACGGGUGCAUCACAAUGAAAAUGUGUUGGCAAGUUACGUCUAAACAGGUGAAAAGUGCUUAUGGUUUUGCCAAAAGAGUGAUUGAUUCAAUCAGUGGGUUCAGGCAACUGAGCAUUUGGUUCAGACAAUAGGGUUUAGUGUUUUAGCAAUUGAGAAAAACUGUAAUACAUGGCAAUAUAUGGGAGCUCAAUAUAUUUUGCUGCUUUGUAAACCUGUUUUGAUGUCUUAAAGUACUGGCUAAUGACUCAAUUCCCACAUCUUCCCUCUGCAUCUCUCACCUUUUUACUCUAACUGAAGUACUCAUAAUGAUAUAGUAUUACAGUAUUAUAACUGUAACACUGCAUUUAUGCUAUGUUUUUCUCUCCCCCUUUGUCUCCCCAACCCCACCCCUACCACCCCUCACAGCCUGCAAGCGCAAGGAGCAGGAGCAGCACAAAGACCGCAACAUGGCGCCCAAAAAGCAGCGUCUGGUCUUCACGGAUCUGCAGCGCCGCACACUCAUCGCCAUCUUCAAGGAGAACAAGCGCCCGUCCAAGGAGAUGCAGAUCACCAUCUCCCAGCAACUGGGCCUGGAGCUCAACACUGUCAGCAACUUCUUCAUGAAUGCCCGGCGCCGCUGCGUGGACCGCUGGCACGACGAGCACAGCACCAGCCCCGGCCAGCCGGGCACCUCGGCCACCACUUUCUCCAAGGUCUGAGACGCCCAGGGGGAGCCACGGGGUGGCAUGGGGAUGGGGAGGUGGUACCUCCUGUAUCCCACUUCGUUCCCGAUAACCAUGUUGAUGCCUCCUCAUUCGUGCCAUGCAACCACCUCUUGUUCAGUCGUAACUUUAACCACCACGAUCCUAAAAAUCUCACCACUGGACUGUUAUGAAGCAAGUGAAACGUACAGGUAACAUGUAGUCAGGUCCAUACAAGGACAAUCAUCUGUUUUUUGAUUGAACCAGCUUUCUGUUGAUGGUGUCAGUCCAUCUGCACUACAUGCACCAUGAUAUGUUGCUAUGUUUAAAUGAUCUCAACAUCGAGCCUCGGCCAGCCUCCCUAUCCAGGUAGUUGCUGCUGAAUCCCUCCCAGCACUCCCCUUUGUGUCGCUCCUCACAUCUCUCAUCUCUCCACAUGGAAGCAACAAGGACAGAAGAACAGCAAUAAACCUGUAAUCCAACCCAGUUCUGUGCACAAGGAAAUCCUAGAGAAAACAACACAACCCCUAUGAAAAAACAAAAGCUCAACCUCUCCUCCCGCUCUCCACUCCUUCUUCGCCAAAGGUAUUCCCUGAUGGCCAGCCAUUUCAGCGAGCCACUCGAAUCAUACUCCGGCACACUAAUGAAUCGAAAAAUGAAUCGAUGAAGACAGGGAGAGGGAGCGGGGCCUUGACCCUUCCUGAAGGUGAAACAGAAGACGCUUGGCAGUAAAGAUACUCAGAUCUGUCCAGUUGCCCAGGUCUAUACUGUUGCACAGAUGUUGGAGGCCUGCAGGGAUACUUUCGUUGCUUGGGAGAAGCAGAAGUGUCUGUUUUUGUAACUGUCGGGGAGGCGAGGGAGCAAUACGCCUGGACAUGCUCUUUGUUCAGGAGGGAGCUGCUUUUCACUGAUCAAUACAGAAACCAAUCGACAACACUGCCAGGCAGGAAGGCAGGCGUCAAGCGAACUGCAUUAUAGCUGCUGCAGAGGAGAAUGUAAGAAGAGCACAUGGAACCCAAUGGAGGUGGCGACACAAUGGCCUAACAGCUGCCCAGUCUGCUCUGCACAUAAGGUUCCCCAGUACCCCCUGCUGGUUAUAAGAGUAAGCUGCAGCCAGCAGUCCUCUAGGAAAGGCCUCACGGUGUGUUCCAGGGCUGGGGAUAGAGAGGCCAUGGCACAUGUUCAGGCCCUCACAGAUCUCUAA